AUGGAGGAAUACACCGUCAAGCAAGUAGCUGAGCAUAACACGCCUGACGAUUCAUGGAUCAUCAUUCACGGCAACGUUUAUGAUGUAACUCGAUACAUCAGAGAUCACCCUGGUGGUGCAGAUGUCUUGACAGAAGCAGCUGGCAUCGACGCCAGUGAAGAUUUCGACAACGCAGGCCACUCAGAAGAUGCCUUUCAAAUCAUGGAAGAUCUUCUCGUCGGCAAAAUCAAGGGUUUUGAGAAGAAGAAGCCCAAGCUCAAGCCUCUCGCUCCCGUCGCUGUACCAAAGGCCGUCGCUAGCGGAUCAUCGUCAUUGUCAAAAUUGGCAAACUUGACUUUUGUUCUUGCUGCUGGUGCAGGAGCCUACUACUUUGGCCGCCAACAAAAUUUCACCGUCCCUAAUUGGAUCCUUGCGUCGUUCAGAAAUGACUCUGCAGGAUCAAGCUUUAUCAAGGGAAUCAUCGUUGGAGGUGGCUCUCUUGCGAUCACGAAUGCUGUUCUUGCUCAGCGCUUUACCACGUUGGCUAUGGAGAGCAAGCCUUUCACCAGUUAUCCUGCUCACAUGAAGGUUCCUAAGCGAACACAGCAAGACACCUUGUUGCAACGAGGAUUGUUGGAUCCAGUAACCUAUUCUCCUCUUCCUCUGAUAAAGAAGACUCAGAUUACACCCAACGUCUUCCGCCUUACCUUCAACCUGCCGACAACAAGCACAAUCCUCGGCCUGCCAAUCGGACAGCACGUCACAAUCAAGGCUGACAUACGUGGAGAAACUGUUGCUCGUUCAUAUACACCUGUGUCCAACAACUCAGACCUCGGUAUUCUUGAACUGGUUAUCAAGGUUUAUCCCGAUGGCAAGUUGACAAACAACUAUCUGGCCCACCUUGAAGUCGGCGAUGAGGUCCUCUUCCGCGGUCCCAAGGGCGCAAUGAAGUACCAGCCUAACCUUUGCAAAAAGAUCGGUAUGAUCGCUGGUGGCACUGGUAUCACACCGAUGUUCCAAGUUAUCCGUGCUAUCUGCGAGCACGAUCGCGAUACAACAGAAGUCUCUCUCAUCUACGCAAACCGCAGUGAACAAGACAUUCUUCUGCGGGAAGAACUGGAUAGAUUCGCUAGACGCUAUCCCAAGAACUUCAAGGUGUAUUACACGCUGGAUCAGCCUCCUAAGGAUUGGAAGUUUGGUUCGGGAUAUGUCACACCGGAGUUGAUGAAGGAGAAGUUGCCUGCGCCUACGAUAGAUUCCAAGGUGAUGCUGUGUGGGCCGCCUGGGAUGGUAAAUGCGUCUAAGAAGGCGCUUGUUGGGUUGGGCUUUGAACAGCCUGGGGCUUCAGCGAAGAUGUCGGAUCAAAUUUUUGUAUUUUAG